UCUUUCCUUUCGUGUACUUAUAUUUAACAUUACUUAUAAUUAGACAGUUCGUGAAACCUUUAGCAGUACUAUCAAAGAUUAUCGACGUACUUAGUAUUUAAUCUGUUGGGGUUGAAUUAUUUAUGGCGCGAAGAUUGAUUGUAUAACGGCGAAAUGAGCAAUGGAUGAAAUAUUUAUCGAUUUAAAUUUCUUGACCGAGUCGGAGAGAGAUCAGCUCCAAGAUGUUUUGGCUAGAGACGAUGAAUUCCGUCGACAGGAGAAAAAGAGAUUAGGUGAUUUAAAGAAAGAACUCGAGACUGUUAAGAAGUCCAGUGCCAUCAAAGUAUCUGAAACUUCGAACCUUCAACCAGGAAAAGUUUGUGCAAGAUGUCAUCAGACGUUUGGUGUAGUAUUCAACACUGGGGCUUUUUGUCCGAAAUGCAAAGCCAAAGUGUGUAAAUCUUGCCGGGAAGUAACUCAGGGUUCGUGGCUUUGUAGUCUUUGUGCCAAAGUGAGAGAAGUCAAGGCAAAGUCAGGGGCAUGGUUCUUUGAUCAAGUAAAGACUAAGAGUGAAGCCCGGUCACUAUUUGGGACGUCACUCAUUAGAGCAUCUCUCAAGAGAAGGAAGUUUAGCUCAAGCGAUUCAUUUGAUGAAAUACAAACACCUCCUGUCAUUGGCUUGCACAAUCAUGGCAAUAACAAACUCCAUCGACCAAUACCCGUGCACAUGUCUGCCAUACGAGAAAGUAGCAAUGACAGUAAAGACCAGUCACGACAUAACCGAGACCAGAUAAUGAAUGAAAUCAACCAGAACAAUUCCAAGCCAUAUUCUAAAGCAGUGCCAGUCAAAAAACAGCUUCAUAGCAGCUUUAGUGACAACGAAGACAGGGAGAGUGCUGGGGAUUCUGGGAAUUCUACACCAACUAAACUACAGUAUGAUGACAGUGAAGUGAUUGUGACCAAGAAUGAUCACAACAUCAGUGAGGAAGAAAAACAAAAAGACGACAAAGAAGUAUUUCAAUUUCUUGACAGCAUCCACCAUGAGAUGAAAAAUGAUCCACCAGAUCAGUCACGUGAUGUUUCACGUGACAGGCAGUCAUAUGGCAAUGAUGACGAUGUUCAAACUCCUGAAACAAGUCUAGAGUUUCAUUCUUUGCCGAAUGAGCUUGAGCAGCCCGGCUAUACUAAGGAUCACUUAAAAGUGAUGAAAGCGUCAGAACGAUCAACAUCUAUUAGUUCAGUAGAUUCUUACCGUACAGCUGAAUUCCACACUCCGACCGAGACUCCAGGGCACUCUGACUUUAACACUCCAGUACAGUCGUUGCCAGGUAGCGAUGACGAGUCUGAUUUCCUUGAUGCUCACGAUGCUGCAACUCCAGUACCAGAGAGAGCUGAUGAAUUCCAUAGUUUACCCCAAGAUGAGUAUUUACCUCAAUCAGAAUCACCUCAGGUCAUGCRACAGCAACCCCAAAUAGAUGUUAUUCCUCCUCAAAUAAUAACCACAGCUGUAGAGGACCCUACUGGUGGACCCCAUGUCACUGAUGAUAAUGAAGAAAACCCCGAAGACAUCGAUCAAGCUUUUGCUUUUUAUGGCUCCAAAAGUAGCCUCUCGUUUGAUCGAUUUGAAAUGGGCAGUCGAGAAAGUAUUGUCAGUUACUAUAGUGAUGCCGGGGAGGGUCAUUUUGGUAACAUCCCGGUUACCGGGGAAGUACAAUUUGGUUUAAAAUACGAUCAUCGCGCUGGUAAACUUGAAGUACAAAUCCACCGUGCGAGAGACAUAGCGCCUGUAGAUACCAAGAAAAACAAAUCAGACCCUUAUGUCAAGGUCUAUUUACUUCCAGACAAGACUAAAGGAGGAAAACGUAAAACAAGGACAAAAAAGAACACGUUGAACCCAGAAUUUGACGAAAUAUUAACGUUCAAGGUCGGCUUCGAUGAGAUGUUGACCCGCUCUAUUUGGUUGACAGUAUGGAACCACGACCGGUUUGGCCACAACGACUUUCUAGGAGAAAUCAUCUUUGCUUUAGAGUCAUAUGAACAGUCUGGAUUUUCAUGGGACUACCCGUCUCCUGAAUGGUAUCCUCUUCAAGAAAGGCGUCCCGAACCCUCACUGAUGGAGUAUUGUGGUGAACUUAUUGUUGCUUUGAAGUACGUCCCGCCGGAAUCCAUCAAAGACAAGAAAUCAAAGAAGAAGGCAAAGAAGGGUAACCUUUACGUAGCCAUGGUCGAAGCCCACAAUCUUCCCUCUAAGGAUUCCAAUGGUUUCUCUGAUCCGUUUUGUAAGGCAUACCUUCUUCCAGACAAGAGUAGGAAAACAAAACGUAAAACCCCAACAAUUAAAAAGAACCUAAACCCAAAAUGGGAACACACUAUUGUUUACGAGAACCUUACCCUCGAAGACCUGAUGGACCGUGUUUUGGAGCUUACUGUAUGGGACUGGGACCGAGGUAUGAGUAAUAGCUUCCUUGGAGGAGUUCGUCUUGGUAUGGGCGCACGGCAAGAGGAAUGGGACGAUGCCGAAGGGGAGGAGAUAGAUGCGUGGCGAACAAUGAUUGACAACCCAAAUGAGUGGAAUAGAUUCACCCUGACACUAAGAUCCUUGUCUCGUUUUAAAGACAAACCGAGUGAUAUCGAGGCUGACGUACAGUCGCAAGAGUCGGAGGCCAGACAACCAGAGAAUCGAGACCAAAAAACUGAAGAAUCGAGGCUAAACCCRAAACCUGAAGAACACAAGGGUAUAGUGAACAUGGCUUAUUCACAAACAAACGGAGACGACCAGGARGAAAAGGACAUGGGCAUUUUUAAAUCGUUUAAUAAUUUYACAAGUCGUUUUAAAUUCAUGCCUGAUAAGAUCGAGGAUACGAAACCUCCCGAAGCAAACUAUGGCACUUUCGACAGSUCACCGAARAAAUCCGACGAGRCAACGACAAAUUCCUAUCAAUCAGGGAUAAAUUCAAAUGAGGCAAACGGCGUAACAGAGAUUCCAGAUAAAGAUCAGAAUAGUCAAAGAACUAUAGAUGAACAGACAAAUGAGAUUUCGGAGAAAAAAGAGAGCACUCGGGCAACUCCCGAAGUGCCUACGAUUGUUACCGGAUCACAACCGAACUCUCCUCAAAAGAAAGACGAAACAGAUGGGCAGACAAGUAGUCRUCAUGCAAGGCGAAAUACGGAUAAUGUAUGCUUUUUCGAGGGUGCAACGCUUUCUCCAGACUUGGAUUUGAGGAGACGUCACAGCACAGAUGUUGUAAGUGUUCCUCAACCCUUGAAUGAAGAGCUUGUGCUUGAGGACUUUAAAAAACGCGGUUCACCAUUUCAGCGGCGAUCAACUAAAAAGAAACAAAUACCAGAUCAUAGCAGACGAGAAAGUUAUUCACCAAGGAUGGAACGCAAGCAGAAGAACUCGCUAACAARCAGUCCAGUGGAGACCAGGAGAAAGACUUUGGCAGAGCUAGCGCUUGAGAGUGGCUACAAGCCAAAGUCCGACGUCGUCGAUGGUUCGCCAAAGAAAGAUCUGACGGUCAACGCGGAGCAUGAUAAGGUUAUUAGCGCCAGCGGAAGAAAAAGCCCCUCACCAAUUAGGAUAUCAGGCGAGCUGUAUCUUACUCUAGAGUACUGCAUGGAAACCAAGGCGUUUAUUGUACAUGUUCACACUGCAAACAAUAUUGCUGUGGUUGAUCAUAAGAAACAAAGCUCAAACCCUUAUGUUAAGACGUACCUUCUUCCUGACAAGAAAAGCAAACGGAAAACAAAAACAGUUCGAGAUAACCUCAAUCCACAGUUUGAUGAAGUUAUCAAGUACCCUAUGAGCUACGACGAACUCUUAACAAGGACGUUAUCCUUAACAGUGUGGCAUGAUGAUCUAUUUGGUCGUAAGGAUUUUUUAGGCGAGGUUGUGAUUCCAAUUGGACAGUUUGUUGAUCAAGGAAACUCUUUAGAAAACUCCAUCGCAAAAUGGUACACAUUAGAAGAGAAGGUUGACCACGAGAACGACAAUAAACCCGAGAUCAUCCUCGCUGUGAAGUACGUCAGUGGAGACAAAGUCAAGAGAAAGCCUGGUAACAAGAAGUCUUUGCCAUCUCGGGGAGAAAUGCAACUUCAGAUCUUAGAGGCUAAAAACCUUCCUGGUAAAGACGCUGAUGGCAUGUCAGAUCCAUUUUGCAAAAUACUUCUUCAUCCGGACAAAAAAGGAAAGACGAAACACCAAACCAAGAAAAUCGACCGAACCUUAAAUCCAGUUUGGAACUACAAACUAUCAUUCGAAGACCUUUCAAUAGAAGAUCUGUAUGAUAGAGUACUAGACAUAACGGUAUGGGACCACGAUAUGAUGUCACGUGACGAGUUCCUUGGCGGCGUGAGACUGGGUACUGGCGAAAGAAGGAACGAAUGGGAUGAUUCAAAUGACGCUGAAGCCCAAAUAUGGCAUACGAUGUUGAACAGAACAAAUGUAUGGAUUCAAGUAGUGGUUCCUCUAAGACCAAAUAUGGAAAUUAGAAAAGCUACUUAGGAAGAUAGUAGAGUCACGCAAUUUCUAUUCUAUGAAGGCAUAUCAAACACUUUAAAAUGAUAGAAACUAGCGGUAAACACUAGAUCCWUUCAGAUCGAUUGUUUCAUUCAAUUUUAAAGCGGUUUAUUCCGUAAAAGUUUCCGUAAACACAGUUGUGUAUAAAAGGCAUUUUAGCAAUUUAAAUUAUGAUAACUAUUUUCAAAUCAACAACGAGAGAGAAUUACCCUAAAAAUUACGCAGUGUUAUACAAGCUAUUAGGCAGCCUUAUAGGUUUGUCUGCAAUGCAAUAGAAGCAUGUUUCCAUAACACAAUGCGGAAGAUCCUUACUUAAUACAAUUAUACAAUGAUAAUCUUCGGGAGUUAUUUACACAUAGGCACACUUAUGAGCAGGUUAGACACCAAAGGAGAUUUCAAAUUUUCAAAAAAAAAAUUAAAAAAAAUCGCUUAGAAUAUUUUAGAUAUCAUCACAUUUCAUCACUAAAUGGCAAUAGAAUACAUAUAGAAAAUGAUUAUAUAAGUACAUUUUACCAAAACCGAUUCACCAACAAAUUAUAAAAUAUAGAUUCACCACAUUUGGAUUUUUAAAGUGUCUCUCUGCAUGAGACAGUAAACCAAAAGAAUAUUUCAAAUCUAUGUAUAUUUAUAUGUUUAUGUUGUAUUUUGCUGUUACAAUUAAGGCCAUGCGGACACGACCACAGGCAAGGAAACAUUGUUGACGAAAUUGUUAAUGACUAUUUAAAAGGGCAAGUUUUAGUUAAUAUCUAAGCUUGACGGGCAAGUCCUUUGUCAAGAAAGAAGGACUUAUACUAGGUUAAGCUAAAUGAUAUGUGGGACAUAGAUUCAAUUUGAUAUCUUAAACAAUAAAUAUUGAUAUAUAUUACACAUAAUAUAAUACAUAUAUAAUAAAUCAUUGAUGAAUAAAUGACUUGUUAUAUACUUGAGAA